AAUUAUUACGAUAAAUUCGAUAUCAGGAGAUAAGAACUGGGUGAUUAAUCCGAGUGAUACGAUCCUGGCGCCCGGUCCCGUAGCGGUGGACAUAGCCGCGGAAGAUGGAAGGAAAGCGCACGGGACCGCACAGUUCAGUCGCCUUUUACCGGCCUUACCGAGAGGAUCGGAUCGUUGCAGAUCGGCGUGCGCGUACGUACGACUCCCUUCGAGAGGUAUAACGUAGAGCGAGAGAGGCCGAUGAUACUGUAAAACGUACAAAGAGGGACGACAAGUAAAUAAAAUAUAAAAGGAAAGGGAAAGGAAACAAAAAGAAAAGAAAAGAAAAGGAAGGGAAAGGAAAGGAAAGGAAAGAAAAGGGAAAAUAAAAGAAAAAGAAAAGGAAAGAGAAAAGAAAAGAAAAGAAAAGAAUAGAAAAGAUAAGAAAGAAAAAUUGAGAAGAGGAAGAUAUAAAAAAAAAAGAAAAAGGUUUACCACCUUAGAAAGUUUUGUACAGGAUCAAUCUAAGAAUGAAAUUCUUCCUCUGCCUGGUUGAAGAAGGCAGCGGUAGUAGAUGUUCUAUAAAAUUUAUUCGAAACAAUUAUCUUGAUUCUAAAAGAAAACGACAAGGGCGUUUGUGGCGGAACGAUAGCAGCAUAAGCUGCUACGACGCUUGAGAAGAAGGGACACCCUUGUAAGCUGAUUUUCUUUCUUUCUUUAUUUCUCUCUCUCUCUCUCUCUCUCUCUCUCUCUUUCUACCUCUAUCUCCUCCUCUCUCUCUCUCUCUCUCUUCCUCUCUUUCUCUCUUUCUCUCUUUCUCUCUCUCUCUCUCUCUAUUUGUCUGUCUGUCUGUCUGUCUGUCUGUCUGUCUCUCUUUUUAUCGAAGAGAAACGCAAGACAACCAACGCGUUUUAUAGAGAGAAACAGUGCGUGUGAAAGAGAAAGAGAGAGUGAUCAAAAGAGAAAAAUAAUAAUUCUCACGCCGGCGAACGUUCGGAAGAGGGGAAAUCAAUCGUUAAUUCCAUCGUUCAUUUUCGAAUCUCUCCUCGAAUCGGUAUUACUACUAUACUACGGUAUUAUCCGUCUCUCUCUUUCUCACUUGUCCUAAAACCGCGAGAUUCGAACUCGCGCCAAAGUGCGUUCCACAGUGGAUACUACUACUAUCUCGCAUUUGGAUUACGACACGAAGUGGUGGCUGUCAGGUAAUAUGCCAGUGCCUGUAUGGGAUUGCCCGGAACUGGGCCCUAUGGACGAAGCCCUGGAAACAGCAAGCGUCGUUUCGGAGGAUAUCUGGAAGAAGUUCGAUUUGGACUUCCCAUUGGAUAUCUAUUCCAACCGAUCGUAUGACGAGACCGUUCUUCCUGAGCUUAUCUAUGACAAAGUUACGUGUAUGGCAUCUCGUGAGAUUCGUCAUCAUGAUUGUAUGUGGGCCGGUUUGUGUAUCAGCAAAGAACACAAUAGAACCUUGCCUGCUAAGAAAGAUUCUCAGUUACAAAAGAAAAUACCAGCUGGUAGGAGUUUGCUAAUAUCACGUGCUAGUACAUCAGCACGUUCCUUGAUGAAUGCUCAGCAACAACAUCAAGCGUUACAACAACAACAACAACAACAACAAUUGCUGCAACAACAACAACAACAACAACAACAGCAGCAGCAGCAACAACAACAGCAGCAACAACAACAGCAACAACAACAACAACAACAACAACAAUCAUCACAAUCUCAGAAAUGUCGUGUGAAGAGUUUAGAAAGUGAUGGAGAUUCCACAAGACCAGACACACCACCAACAUCGACGUCUGAUACAGAUACAGACGACGAAGUUCCUGUCUUUAGACAUGAUCAGAUCAAUAUACACGAGAAGCUAUCGGAAUGUAUGUCCGAAUCGAUCAUUAGGGCGGCGCCAGUAAGCGAAGUUACGGGUCAGCUUGUCAGACGAUUUUAUGACAGAAGGAAAGAGGAAGAAAACAAUCAACAACCGAACUUGAGAAAUACCCUUAGCGAUCAUUGCUAUCAUCUUAAUCAUCCCGCUUAUAAGAGGCUCGAGAAUCUUGGCGUUCAGACACCUUCAGAAUCCGAAGAAGAAGAGAUUGACGUAGUGACAUUCGAAAAGCCUAGUCGAGCGAGCAAUUUAGCUAACAAAAAUGAACAACAACAGAAUCAAUAUUAUCAACAAAAUAAUCAUCACCAUCAGCACCACCAACAGCAUCACAAACAGCAGCAACAGCAACAGCAACAGCAACAGCAGCAGCAGCAACAGCAGCAACAGCAACAGCAGCAGCAGCAGCAGCAGCAACGCCCACAGCGAUCAACAAAUGUGAAAGAAAAGAAAGGCACGACAGCAACGACGAUACAAGCACCCAGACCACGAGGCAGGCCGCCGGCAAAUGCUACAACACGAAAACGAAAUCUGUCUGCUAGUACUCCUGCUGUCGAUAAACAAGCCAAAAGAAAUUGUACCAGAAACACUCAAAGAAGAAAAAAGACAACGAAAAGCAAAGGUGGCGCAGCCUCGAAAAGUUCGUCGGAAGAUGAAUUGGAUACCGAGAAGAGGAGUCUUCAUAACAAUAUGGAACGACGGAGACGAGUCGAACUUCGGCAUUUCUUCGAGGAUCUUCGUCGUUUAGUGCCCGCUGUUGAAUUUAAAGAGAAAGCAGCGAAAGUGACAAUCCUGAGACAAGCUGCACUAUUUUGCGAUGUUCUCGCUCAUUCAUUCAUCAACAAUCAGAUUAAGAUUUCUGAAUUAUCGAAGGAACAGAUACUAUUGAGGGCCAGGCUAAAGUAUCUUAGAUAUAAUCUUGCUCGGAGGCGUUAAA